GAACGCUCUUGUUCACUACGAGGAGGCACCAAACAUUUCUCAGAGGGUGGCGACCAUUCCCCAAUUUCCAAUUCAGACACCAGCCGCAAAUCCCACGCAUUUGAAGACAAUUACAAACGUUUUUAUUUGGGCUUACAGGGCAGCAAAGACGCACACAUGUCUUACCAAGGCAAAAAGAAUAUCCCGAAGAUCACAAGUGAUCGACUCCUGAUCAAAGGAGGGAGAAUCGUCAAUGAUGACCAGUCCUUCUAUGCAGACAUCUACAUGGAAGAUGGCCUUAUUAAGCAACUUGGAGACAACCUGAUCGUCCCUGGUGGGGUGAAGACCAUCGAGGCCAAUGGGAAGAUGGUGAUCCCGGGUGGCAUUGACAUCCAUACCCACUUCCAGAUGCCCUAUAGGGGGACCACCACGGUGGAUGACUUUGCCCAGGGCUCCAAGGCCGCCCUGGCCGGAGGGACCACCAUGAUUGUGGACCAUGUGAUCCCCGAGCCGGGCGCCAGCCUGCUGGAGGCGUUUGACCACUGGAGGGAGUGGGCCGACGAGAAGGUCUGCUGCGACUACGCUCUGCACGUGGACAUCACACACUGGAACGACAGUGUCAAACAGGAGGUGGAGACCCUGCUCAAGGAGAAAGGUGUGAACUCGUUCCAGGUGUACAUGGCCUACAAGGACUUCUAUCAGAUGAGCAACAGUGAGCUGUAUGAGAUCUUCAGCUUCCUGGGAGAGAUGGGAGGGGUCGUGCAGGUCCAUGCAGAGAACGGAGAGAUCAUCGCAGAGGAGCAGGCACGCAUGCUGGAGAUGGGCAUCACUGGACCAGAGGGCCACGUGCUCAGCCACCCAGAGGAGCUGGAAGCGGAGGCUGUGUUCCGUGCCAUCACCAUUGCCAGCCAGACCAACUGCCCCCUCUACAUCACCAGGGUGAUGAGCAAGAGUGCUGCCGACAUCAUCUCCCAGGCUCGCAAGAAAGGCAAUGUUGUGUUUGGGGAGCCAAUCACAGCCAGUCUGGGAACUGAUGGGACACACUAUUGGAGCAAGAACUGGGCUAAGGCCGCCUCCUUUGUGACAUCACCUCCUCUGAGCCCGGACCCCACCACUCCAGACUACCUGAACACGUUACUCUCCAGUGGUGACCUGAAUGUUACUGGUAGUGCUCAUUGCACCUUCAGCGUGGCCCAGAAGGCUAUUGGCAAGGACGACUUCACCCAGAUUCCAGAGGGGGUGAACGGCGUGGAGGAGAGGAUGUCCCUCAUCUGGGACAAGGCCGUGGUGACCGGGAAGAUGGACGAGAACAUGUUCGUGGCCGUGACCAGCACCAACGCUGCCAAGAUCCUCAACCUCUACCCGCGCAAGGGCCGGAUAGCCGUGGGCUCGGACAGUGACCUGGUCAUCUGGGACUCGGACGCCGUCAGCACCGUCACGGCCAAGACUCACCACUCGGCUGCCGAGUACAACAUCUUUGAGGGCCUGGAGCUGCGCGGGGCGCCCAUGGUGGUCAUCUGCCAGGGCAAGAUCGUCCUGGAGGACGGCAACCUGCACGCCACCGCCGGCUCUGGACGCUUCCUGCCCUGCACCCCGUACCCCGACUUCGCCUACAAGAGGGUCAAGGCCCGCAAGCAGCUGGCGGUGAUCCGGGCCGUGCCCAGGGGCAUGUACGACGGACCCGUGGCCGAAUUCACGCCCAUGUCUCGCGGUGCCACCCCGGCCUCCUCUGCCCGCACCUCGCCCACCAAACAGACCCCUGUGCGGAACCUGCACCACUCUGGCUUCAGCUUAGCAGCCGGCCAGCAGCAGCAGGGUGAGUCCCGAAUCCACAGACCACCUGCUGACGACAACCCCAUCCGUCCCGGUGGACGGCGCAUCGUAGUGCCCCCUGGUGGCAGGUCCAACAUCACCUCCCUGAGCUAAAGAGGAUUUCCUAAGGGGAGGGGGGCAAGGCAUCCGUUCUGAAUAGAGAAUGAACGAGGGAGGGAUUGCUAGGAGAAAUAAUAAUAAAAAAAAAUAAACAAAACAAACAAAAAAAAUAAUAAUUUUUUGAAGGCAAGCAAAACACUGACACUCCUCAUGCCUUACCUGUCACGAAAGAUACCUACGCCAGCUUUUAAACUGCACAGUAUUUCUUCUCCCGAAAAAAUCUGCCGCCCCGGAAAAAAACCUGAAUUGAUAAUUGAUAUCAGUGCACCAUGUAGCCCUUACAAACAGAGUCAACUGCAAGAGACUCCACGUCAGCACAAGCUCCUAGGUCUGAUAAUGGUUAACUCCUUCAUGAAGAAAGGAAAUGCGCAAACACACAGUCUCACAUUCCACGUGGCUAAAUGAAUACAAAAAACAGUUAAAUGCUUCCAGAAAGUAUACGAAAAAACAUCACUCAGAACACAUACUAACAGGAGAGGAGAAGGAAUACCGUCUGUUUUCAGAACAUGGCUUUGGUUUGAUCCAUUAGACGUUUUUUGAUGUCAUCUUUUUUUUGUUAACUAGUCUGCUAAAUAAUCCCUAGCAAUUGAAACAUGCAAUUCCAUCCAUUGUUGGUAGGUGGCGAUGUGAGUAUGAUAGUUGUAACGUAGCUUUGCGUAUGAUGUUGUUGCAGCCUUCCUUGGGGGGUCACCGCGCCCCCCCGGGAGUGAUUGAUUUCGUAAGACACUUCGGAUAAGAAUUCAAAAAGAAACAAAGAGAAGAAACGAGCCCGGGUUAGAGCGCUCUGGUGUACCCGUUUUUUUGCAGCAUGCUGGCUGGAAAAAUGGUCCUUGUGUCAUUUUAUUCUGUUCAAGUGCUCUUUCCUCGCGCUGAUUGUGACCAACCACCCUCAUCCCUAGAUAGCUUUGUUCCCUGGAACAGGUCUGUGCCGGAUCUGCCACAGGGGGCGGGCCACAUCUGGGUUAAAUGCUUGUCAAGCUUUUCUGCCUGUUGCUUCAUACAUCAUACCCAACUGCCUGGAGAAAAGGAAAAACAAACGAUUAAGGAAGAAAGAAUUGUGAUCUCAAAAAUAACUGAAACAAUGGUUUAAUCCAAGUUUAGGAAUCAAACAAACAAACAAAUCUGCAUUGAGAUAAUUGUGCCACCUCUGGCAUUCUGGCGUUAAGUUCUGAAAUAUGGUUUUGGAAAUAUCUCUUGCGAUGAGUAACCUCAGGUGGAAGGAAGCAAGUGCAACCGAGACACUGACGUACUAAACAGAGGCAAUAUCUGGUUUUCAUUGUCCAAUACCCCCAAAUGUUCCUAGACUUAAAACAAUUACACACAUCUGAAGGGAUGUUCAGUAUGCAUUCCCCCCCAUACUACAUGUGCAUUCCUUCCAUACACUUUGUUAUGCGUCCUGUUUUAGGACUUUUAUUGCAUUUGGAUACAUUUCUCUGAUGUUGAAAAAAUGUCAAAACAAUGCACAUAGGACCAAAUGCCAAUGCUCAGAAUGCGCUGGCAUAUUGGAAAGCACAGUCUUUCCUCUGUCCCUUCAGAAUGUCAUAGUUGGGGUAGGUCUGGAAUCUGUGUUUAUUUCUGGCAAUGAAAACUGUUUGGUGCCUUUCAAGGAUUCUCCGAGAGAUAUGAUCCUUCCUUCUAAUAAGCUGCCAUUUUGGUUAACAACACACAACAUUGGAGAAGGCUUCUCGUAAUGCUCUCAUACACAUUUGUUCUAAUUUGAUAAAGCUUUUAUUUUUUAUUUUUUUCGUAUGAUCCCAACCAAAAAAAAGGAAGGGCGUACUAUGGGGUAUUCAGAAUGAGGUGAAAAAGCAAACAAAACCAAGUGGGUGUUUUAUUUAUGUUCGCUGACUAUCUUUGUUGUAGGUUUAUGUUCUUUUUUUACAGUUGUAUCAAAAAGCCAGGUGAAACCUAAACUGAGAUGUGGUUGUAUGAAUUGUUCCUGAAUAAACAUCAGUUGCAACUGAA